GAGGAAGAACAGUGGAUACUAGAGGGCACAGGAGCUUUCAGAUAGGGAUUUAGGGAGCACUCAGUGAACAAAAGCAUUCAAGAAAAUCAUUACCACUGUUCCACCAUGAAGCAAAAGAAACAUGAAACAUGCAGGGAGGCCUCUUUGAGAAGUGCCUGUUGAUCACUUCAUGCCUAAGCUGGGCAACCAUUGAUGAAGUGGAAACAGAUGUGGUGGAGAUAGAGGCAAAGCUUGACAAGCUGGUGAAGCUAUGCAGUGGGAUGAUUGAAGCAGGCAAAGCCUACAUCACCACCAACAAGCACUUUGUCACCGGAGUCCGGGACUUGUCACAGCAGUGCAAGAAGGAUGAGAUGAUUUCGGAGUGCCUUGACAAAUUUGGAGACAGCCUGCAGGAAAUGAUUAACUACCACAUGAUCCUGUUUGACCAGGCUCAGAGGUCAGUCCGACAGCAGCUGCACAAUUUUGUCAAAGAUGAUGUCCGGAAGUUCAAGGAAACCAAGAAGCAGUUUGACAAGGUGCGGGAGGACAUGGAGAUUUCCCUGGUGAAGAAUGCCCAGGCACCUCGACACAAGCCCCAUGAAGUGGAGGAAGCAACAGGCACCUUGACCAUAACCAGAAAGUGUUUCCGACAUCUGGCUCUAGAUUAUGUGUUGCAGAUCAACGUCCUGCAGGCCAAGAAGAAGUUUGAGAUCCUGGAUGCGAUGCUGUCCUUCAUGCAUGCCCAGUACACCUUCUUCCAGCAGGGCUACAGUCUUCUCCAUGAACUGGAUCCCUACAUGAAGAAACUAGCCACAGAGCUGGACCAGCUGGUGAUUGAUUCUGCAGUGGAGAAGAGGGAGAUGGAGCACAAGCACGCACUGAUACAGCAGAGGACCCUCCUGCAGGACUUCUCCUAUGAUGACUCGAAGGUGGAGUUUAAUGUUGAUGCCCCAAAUGGAGUGGUGAUGGAAGGCUACCUCUUCAAGAGAGCUAGCAAUGCUUUCAAAACAUGGAAUCGGAGGUGGUUCUCCAUACAGAACAGUCAGCUGGUGUACCAGAAAAAGCUAAAGGAUGUCCUCACAGUCGUGGUGGAAGACCUGCGGCUCUGUACUGUCAAGCCAUGCGAAGACAUCGAGAGGAGAUUUUGCUUUGAGGUCGUCUCACCUACCAAGAGCUGCAUGCUGCAGGCUGACUCGGAGAAGCUGCGUCAGGCCUGGAUCCAGGCUGUGCAAGCGAGCAUCGCUUCUGCGUACCGGGAGAGUCCUGACAGCUACUAUAUUGAAAGACUGGACCGGACUGCUUCCCCAUCAACCAGCAGCAUUGAUUCUGCUACUGACUCCCGGGAGCGCAGUGUGAAAGGAGAAUCCAUCCUACAGAGAGUGCAGAGCAUUCCUGGGAAUGACCAGUGCUGUGACUGUGGUCAGCCAGAUCCUCGCUGGGCCAGUAUCAACCUGGGCAUUCUGCUGUGCAUCGAGUGCUCUGGUAUCCACAGGAGCCUGGGUGUUCACUGCUCCAAGGUCCGAUCUCUCACACUGGACUCCUGGGAGCCAGAGCUGCUGAAGCUGAUGUGUGAGCUGGGGAACAGCACCAUGAAUCAGAUUUAUGAGGCACAGUGUGAAGAGUUGGGACUUAAGAAGCCAACAUCAGGGAGCUCCAGGCAGGACAAGGAAGCCUGGAUCAAAGUGAAGUAUGUGGAGAAGAAAUUCCUCAAGAAGCUGCCAAACGGGGAGACGCUAACAGAGAACGAGCGGAAACCUCGGCGCUGGUGUGUGAAGAAGUGCCAGAGGAACAACAGCACCACCAAAGCACCCACAGCUCGCAGGAAGUACCGCCACGAAGCAGGCAACGCAUCACCAGCCAUGUUGUCCUCAGCAGCUACGCUGGAGAGGAAGUUCCGCCGAGAUUCCCUCUUCUGCCCCGACGAGCUGGACUCUCUCUUCUCCUACUUUGACACUGGUGCUGGCUCCGGCCCACGUAGUGCCAGCCACAUCUCUAUGCAGCAUCCGCUAGCAGCUGGCCCAUGGAGUGGCAGUGGCAUUGGUCCCGGUGGGAGCGGUACGCCGUUCCUCCUGGACGGAGGUCUGAGCAGUGACAGUGGACUCGGAGGGAGCACAGAUGGCAGCACGGAUAUCCUCGUGUUUGGCUCUGUGGUGGACAGCGUGACAGAGGAAGAGUGCGAGGUGUCAGAGGAGUCGAGUGGUGAAGCAGAGAUUGAACAAGAAGCAUCAGAUUUGGAGGACCUGAGGGAGCUGCAUCCUGGCUUGUUGAUCUACAAGGCAGCACAAGCCCGAAACCUGCCUCUCAUGGCAGAAGCACUUGCAAAUGGGGCUGAGAUCAACUGGGUGAAUGAUGAAGAUGAGAACAAAACUCCUCUGAUUCAAGCUGUGAUGGGGGGCUCCUUGAUAGCCUGUGAAUUCCUGCUGCAGAAUGGGGCAGAUGUUAACCAAAGAGAUAUCCGAGGCCGAGCUCCCUUGCACCAUGCCACAUACCUGGGGCACACUGGUCAGGUCUGCUUGUUCCUCAAGCGAGGAGCAAAUCAGCACGCGGUGGAUGGCGAUGGGCAGGACCCGCUCAGCAUUGCAGUCCAGGCAGCCAAUGCAGACAUAGUCACCUUGCUGCGUCUGGCUCGGAUGAAUGAGGAAAUGCGAGAAGCAGAGGGGCCCUUUGGACAACCAGGAGAUGCCACGUACCUGGACAUCUUCCGGGAGUUCUCUUACAUGGCUUCAAACAACCCUGAGAAGCUCAAAAGAAGGAGCCUGCACUUCAGCCACUCCUGCAGAUAGCCCCAUCUAUCCAUCCAUCCAUCCCUCAUCC